AUGGCGGGUUUAGUCGAACAAGAUGAAAAGGCUCCUCGCCCGGCCACAGCUUCAACCACCGAGCUGGGGGUACCGGGGUCCGACUAUAUCGAAACAGAUCCGACGGCGGCAUUGAAAUACAUCAAAGCUAGCCACGUUGACCAUCCGAUUCACUGGCCAGCUUGGAAAAAGUGGACGAUUGUGACAGUCUACUGCCUCCUCCAAGUGUUUGUCACCAUGUCCUCGACGACCUACGCAUCGGCCAAGGGGGUGAUCGAAGAGCGUUAUGGUGGGACCGAACAGACCGUCACUCUGGGCCAGAGCAUGUUCAUCGUGGGGACUGCCAUCGGACCCGUCUUUCUCGGACCUUUGAGCGACGUCGAAGGGCGAAAAUGGGUCUAUGUCGGGUCCAUGGCACUCUUUGCUCUCCUCAACGUGGGCACCGCCCUGGCGCUCAAUCUGCCCAUGCUCAUCAUCUUUCAAUUUCUGGCCGGUGCGGCCGGGAGCACGGCGCUCACCAAUGUGGCUGGGACGGUUGCCGACUUGUACGGAUCUCUAGAUGGAGCAGGCCAGCCCAUGGCUCUGUUCGUCAUGAGUGCCAACAUCGGCCCGGGCAUCGGAUCUCCCGUGGGCGAGUUGAUUGUUGAAAACACCAGCAUGGGUCGGCCGUGGAUAUUCUGGAUCAAUGUCAUCAUUGGCGGUGCCUUUGCCGUCGGCAUGUGCUUCGUCCCCGAAACGCUGCCCCGGGUGGUCAUCAGGAACGCUGCCAGGCGCCAACAGAACCCAGACCCCGAGGAGACCGUGGUUGCUCACCAGCGCUUCGACCUUGUCCGCGAGACGGUGUUUGUGGUGACCAUGGCCCUGCGGAUCCUCGUCACCGAACCGAUUGUGCUCUUUUUGGGCGUCUUCAACGGAUUCGCCUAUGGUCUGCUCUAUCUCUACCUCGACGGGGUGUGGAAUGUUUUUGUCGUCAACAACGGUCUUUCUUACAUGGCAGCCGACUUGACAUAUCUCAAUUUCGUCGUUGGCGCCUUUAUCGUGUUUCUCUUCUUGCCCGUCCAGACUCAUUGGUUCACCAGAGAUCGACUCAAGCACGGCCACGCUCGUCCCGAAGCACGAUUCCUGACUUCGCUGGUCACCGUCUGGCUGUUCCCGGUGUCGCUACUGUGGUUCGCCUUCACCUGCGACGGCAACACCAACUACUGGUCGCCGAUUGUCGCCGGCGCGGUCUUGGGAUUCUGCGACCCUCUCCUCUGGUUGAGCAUGCUCAAUUACAUCGCCGACAGCUACUCCAACUUUGCCGCUUCCGCCAUUGCGGCAUUCUGCAUCCCAUCUUUCGCCAUUGCCGGAGCGUGCACACAUAUCGGAAUAAUCAUGUUUGAGAAUAUGAGCGCCAAAUGGGCAAUGGCGGUGUUGGGCUUCAUCUCGUUCGGAUUGGUGGCCCUGGUCUAUGUGCUCUACUUUUUUGGUCCCAAGAUCAGGUCCAUGUCGAAACUGGCAAACCGCGAGGUCGUCCACAUCCGUCGCCAACUGGGUCAGAAUGGCCUGGAGAUUCAAUUCUUGACCUCCAUUAGGGAAGACCUGGAACGGGCUCAGCCGACCGAGAUCGAAAGUAUCGUCCAGAGACUGACGGAUCACAUCGAGUCACUCAGAUUGGGGACAAGUUUGAAUCCCAACGCCAGCCUUGACAAGAUCCGACUCGAGUCGGGUCAUGGCCACCUCGACGAUGAUGCGAUGGCCUCCGUCCAAGGACAAGAUUCAGCAAUCGUGACGGCGGUCGAACAUCUCGCUUGGGGUCGCAGUAACGGCGACUGCUACCCGCAUCGACACUGCGGCUGUUUGUAUCGACAACAUUGGAUAGCCACGUCUCCGAUGAACAGCCAGUCGUUCGACUUUGCCGCGUCCCCCAUGGCGGCCGUGGCCACCCUUCCAGACUGUGCCGACGCGGAGAGAUUGGUAUCCUUCCAUCUCACACGCAUCACCUGGCACCACAACUGCAUCCACUCGCCGACCUUUUGGCGACAGUGCCAGGCGUUUUGGCAGACGGGGAAAUGCGACCAUCCCCAGUGGAUCGCCCUGUACUACUCCGUCCUGAGUACGACGUUGUUCUGCGUCCAAAACAGUGCCCAGUUUCUCGAAGAAUGCGACCUCGAAUCCGGCCGAGAAACGGCACAGCAGCUGUUCAAGACGAUGGUCGAGGUGCUCUACACGAGCAACUUUCUCCAAAACAUAUCCUUUUACGCCGUCCAGGCCAUUGUCAUUUCGACCGAGGUGGCGCACAAUUUCGGGCUGAGCCAGCUCAACGCCACCCUCUUCAGCGCCGCCAUCAGGAUAGCAGAGUGUCUGGGGGUGCACAAGAUUCAAGCCGGCGUGUCCCCCCAUUUGACCACCGAAGAGGCCUGGCAUGAGACGGUCGAAAAGGAGGUGGGCAGAAGGGUCUGGUGCCAGAUGAUCAUCCAAGACUACUUUGCCAUCCCGUUCACCGAUUCAUACACGAUCAAUCCCGCUCAAUACUCGACCAGUCUCCCCACCAACGCCCAUGACCAUGACCUCGCUGCAAGACCAGACUCGGUCCCCACCAUCAGUAUAUAUACCCGGGUGCUGGCCACGAUUGCCAAAUUGAUGCCCGAGGUUGUCGACGGAUUGGGACCGUUGAACGCCCGAAAGUCACUGGCAGAACAAUACCAACACAUUUUGCGCAUGGACCAAAAGAUGCGCGACGUUGUGCAGACCAUUCCCGACUUCCUCCUUCGUCAUGACGCCCAAAAGGAGGCACUGGUGGGCUGGUUGGGAAUCGCCCGUUGCAGUCUUGCCAUCACUGCGGCGGAAAAGAUCAUCAUGAUUCACAGGCCCUUCAUCUUCCGGUCGUUUCUCUCCGACGCCUAUGCCCGCACAAGACAGACGUGUGUGUUUGCAGCCGUGACGAUUCUGCGAGAACACGAGAACAUUGCCCGGUCGGGAGAAUUGUGUCUGUGGACUCACACGGCAUUCUGCAUCACGGCUACUGUUAUCCUCUGUUUUGAAAUCGUCAUGGGCCAAGCCACCCAUUCCAAGGACCGACACGAAAUGUUUAGGGGGUUGGUCCGCACGGCCACGAGUCGUCUCGAAGGCCGCAGGCACGACGUCUUGGCCAGGCGUGGGAUCUUUUUGGUCGACGCCAUCCUCGCAGAAGUCGAGGGAGACGAAGCCACGACGGGAAUAGAAGCUACUGAGAAAUACCCGAAGACGAAGACGAUUGAUUUUCACGACAUUGUGAAGCGCUUCAGUGCCGAUUGGGCUUUCUUGGGUGCAGCCGAGCUGGCCGCGCCGCUUCUCUACGAGGGGGGACAAGUCUAUGAAUAUGAGCCACAGGGCGAGUCUGCGAUACCUGCCACAGCGGUCGAUGCACACAAUCUGUCCGUGUCUGCCAACGAGGACUUUGAGGCUUGGUUCAGCGACGUCUUUGCAACGGCCGACCUGGUGCGGUGA